CGACGUGAUGAAGUCCCACCAGGGGCAGCCCUGCGAGUGAUAUCGUUGUUUUCCCGUGAAGCCAUCACACUGAGAUGGAACUUCCACACUGCAGCUCGCAACCAUUUGUUCCAAGCUUUAUCUUCUUCGAAGAACCAAUCACAGCGCCCGGCGAGGCCACGUCACUGAGGAUGCAUCCAAUCGGCGCAUGCGUCUCACGAGCGAACGUAGCUUGGCAAAGAUGGCGGCGGGCUCCGAUUUGCUGGAUGAUGUUUUCUUCAACACAGAUGUGGACGAAAAAGUAGUUAGUGAUCUAGUCGGAUCUCUGGAGUCUGAACUAACGGGAGCAGAGCGUGUUAACACACCGACCAGGGUUCAGUCUGUAGCAAAUCACGCUGGCAACUCGACUGUAGGUAACGUUAGUAAUUCCAAUGUCCAGGGUCUUGGAGGCAGCAAAAUGGGACUUUCACAACAAGAGCUUGCUAAAGCAGGGACGGGAGUGCAAGGGGGUGUCAUUAACAGUACGGGUUCCCACGGUUCAAGCAUGGAUGGAGCAGCCGGGACCACAUCGAGCACGACAGCCGCUCAGAGUCAGUCUAAGCCUGGGACAGCUAGCGGAGUCGUUACGGUCGUAUCAGAUGCAGCAUCUAGUAUUGGGAAACCUGGAACGACUGGUGUUCAAACUUUAAAUGGAAGUAGCGUUGUGAUGAACUGUCAUAUCACCGGAGGUACCAGCGGCGCCAACUCACAGCCCGCUGGCACGCUUGUCAACAACGGACCCGUUUCUGUGAGCAAAGGAAGCGCAACAGUUUUGUCUGCAACCCCAAGUACUAUUCGAAAUUCUUCGACGAGUGCGCAGAAUGCUGUGAUUUCCUCUCAGUCCUCUGUGAAAAGCUUACCCACUGUCACGCUUGUGAGGCCACCUAUGCAAACUAACACCUCACAAAGCGGAGGCAACCAAACCACAGUUUUAACAUCACCCGCUGUUACUGUUACCAGCACGGCUGGCUCGCUCGUCAACAAAUUCGACUCCACAAAAGCUGUAAUGCAGACUGGAGCGUACGUCGUGGCUUCUGGUGUUGCGACAGGGACAAUAGCGACCAUGAGGAGCCCGACCGUUUUGCAAAACGUGAGGACUUCGGUUCCGUCAACAAUCGCUGCUACUCCUGGUGGGAUACGAGCCAUUGCUCCACAGGUGUUGGCCCCUCGACUCACUCAGCCUCAACAAAACGCCCCAAAUAUCCAAAACAUCCAGCUCCCUCCAGGCAUGGUCUUGGUUCGCAGUGAGAGUGGGCAGCUGCUUGUGAUUCACCAGCAGACCUUGGCUCAGAUGCAGGCUCAGUCGCAGUCCCAAAGCGCCAUGACGCCACGACCUGCAGCCCCCACCAGCACUCCACCUGUCCAGAUCACUUCGCUACAGGCUCCAGGCACGUCAUUACUGGCUCGUCCGGUUACCCCCACCGCCAUUAUUAAACAAGGUUCCACAGUUCAGACCACUGUGGCAACAUCUACCACACUGCAGACGCCUGUACAGCAGAACACCAUCAUGCUGGGAGGAACUGCUCCCACCCCGGGACAGCCGCUUGGAACAGCCACCACAGUGCAGACUGGUUCUGUAGCAACAGCAGUUACACAGAGGACCCCUGUCACUCCAACAGCUGUCACAGCUGAGACACUAGAGAAUGUAAAAAAGUGUAGAAACUUUCUGUCCACGUUGAUCAAGCUGGCAUCCAGUGGGAAACAGUCCUCUGAGACUACGGCCAACGUCAAGGAGCUGGUCAAGAACCUGCUGGAAGCGAAGAUAGAGCCUGAAGAUUUCACCAGUAGGUUGUACCGGGAGCUCAACUCCUCACCACAGCCCUACCUUGUGCCUUUCCUGAAGGUGAGAUCAUUGACUGAUAUAAUGGUUAAUGCUGCAUGUUACAGGCUCUGUAAACUCAGACCUUGUUUAACAUGUACCCUCUUCACCAUGUGGAGCUUCAGUGCCAAAUGCAAACUUCUACCCCUUUUAGACCAAUGGGGGGAUGUCGCAACUCUGCUCCUAACCAGGGUUAACACUGCUCACCACUGAUACAGAUUUAUUAUA